AUGUCCCUCACUGCCGAUCCACCAGCCUGCACCGUACCAGCUGCCGGAGUUUCCUCCACCCACAAGCUCGUCAAUGGUGGAGCCGAGAAGAUCGUCUUCAAGAUCAAAUCAUCGAACAACAACGAGUACCGCAUUGCACCGGUGUUCGGAUUUGUCGACCCAUCUGGAUCGAAGGAUGUUGUGAUCACCCGUACUGCUGGUGCACCGAAGGAAGACAAGCUGGUCGUUCACUUUGCAUCAGCGCCAGCUGAUGCUACUGAUGCUCAAGCCGCUUUUGUUGCAGUGGCUCCAGCUGGAACUGUCACCAUUCCAAUGUCGGCCACCGCCUAA